AUGGUUGAGAAUCAAACGCUAGAUGACUUUGAAAUAGGAAGACUGCUUGGACGUGGAAAGUUUGGACAGGUCUGGCUUGCAAGAGAAAAGACAAAAGGACACAUUGUUGCAUUGAAGAUCAUCCCGAUUAGUGUAAUACAAACGCCUGAGACAGCAAGACAAAUCCGAAGAGAGAUAGAGAUACAUUCAAAUCUGAAACAUCCCAACAUUCUGAGGAUGUACGGUCACUUCUAUGAUAAGGAAAACAUAUACUUGAUUUUGGAGUAUGCAGGAAAGGGAGAGUUUUUCAAGUUUCUAAGUGAAAAGGGAGGCAAGUUUGGAGAAAAAGAAACAUCUAUAUAUAUCAAACAGGUUGUCCAGGCACUGAUUUACAUGAGAGAAUGUAAUGUAAUACACAGAGACAUCAAACCUGAAAACCUACUGCUUGGAGCAGACGAUCAGCUGAAAAUAGCAGACUUUGGAUGGGCAGUUUACAAUGCAGACAAACGCCGAAUGACGUUCUGUGGCACCAUGGAAUACCUUGCACCUGAAAUGGUUAACAAUGAUAUACACAACUCAGGAAUAGAUUUAUGGUGCCUGGGAAUACUUACAUACGAGUUUUUAACCGGAAAGACACCAUUUGAAAGUAAAAAUAGAAACAUGAGAGAGGCAUAUAAAAGGAUCAACUCAUUGAAGUACAUCAUUCCUGAAACAAUUAGCCCAAAUGCUUCUGAUUUCAUAGCUAGGCUUCUUGUGUUGAAUCCAAACGACAGAAUGGAGCUAAACGAAGCAUUGAAUCAUCCAUUCAUCAUAAAACACUGUGGAAGACCAAACUGA